UUUCUUCAAAGUAAUGACUCCAACUCAAUUUAGUAUGACGGAGAGAGAGGGAGAUACAGAGGAACAGAGGAGGGGAGGGGGGUGAGGAACAAAAUGACAGAAAGAGGGGGAGAGAGGGAGUGAGAAAGAAGAAAGGGUGUGGAAAAAGGGGGGAGGGGGUGAGGGAAAGGGCUGUGGCUGUGCACGGGGUGAACGGGAGGUCAGCGCGUCGCACCAAUAUUAAAAUGUGUACCGGGGACGCGGGGGUGACACGCCUCGCCCGUUAAACAAAGAGUGUGCCAAAGUGGCAGAUUAAUUUGAAAACUUGAGUCCACACACACACACACACACACACACAAACUCACACACUCUCUCUCCCUCUCACACACUCACACACUUAAUGCCUUAAAGAGCCCACAGUCUCCACAGCAGUCCUGCUCGGUCUCUCCCUCAGCCCCAAACCGCUUCAUGCAGCCUUUCACGGGGAUACACGGGCGGACGGUCACCGGGGAGCGGCUUCCUCCUGUUUUGGCACGAGGAAGGGGUCGCGUUUUCACCGCCUGUGAGUGAGGAUCGCCCACGGUGUUGUCGGCGUGCGUGGAAAACCUUUGCGGUGACGUGUUGUUUGCUUUUUCCCCCUCCUUCUGGAUUAUGUCGCCGUUCAACCGGUUCUGGUCCUAACCUUUUUACAGCCUCAGUCCGUGACUGUUUCUGAGCAGCGCGGUCCACGCGAAAACCUUGUUUGACGCGUUACACCGGAGACCGGGGGCUGUGCGUCUUUACGCGCGUGCGUGAGUGACUAUGUGACAGUCCGCGAAAGUGACAACGACUUUUCUUUUGUCUUUCUAUCUGUUUUACCCCCGAAGGUACUGCGAAAAACCCCGAAGAGAUAACAAAAAAAAGAGAGAAACCUGUGGCGUCGAAGAAGAGAGGAAGACAUGGAAGGAGGGAGGGGGGUGAGGUUUUGAAUGGAGAAAAGCAAAAUCAAUGUGGACACGCAAAGAAGAGGAAAUGAAAGAACAAAAAGAAGAAAGAAGUAAAAAGAAGAGCGGAGAUGGAAUAAAAGACGAUGCUGAGAGACGAGGGAGGGAGGACUGCGCGAGCCUCAGAGCACCGCACACAAGAGCCUUCUGCCAGGAGACGCAGAGGGCAAGGAACAGAGGGACAGACACAGAAAGAAAGAAAAAAAAGAAGAAGAAGAAGACGUCUUGGGAAGACACUUGGAAGACACCCCCAACCCCCCCACCACCACCACACACACACAGGCAGACAGACAUAAACACUUGUACACACACACCUCCCCCUUCUCACGCAUCAGAAAGCUAUUUUUUACACCCCACAAAUAUCCCACCAUAAGAAAAGAAGAAAAAAGUUUUUUUUCUUUUCCUCUUUCAUUGGAAAGAAGAAAAUCCCCGCAGAGAAACUCUCAACUAACCAGUUGGAGAGUUUUCCCCGCGAGGGCAGAGGGAAGACGAUGGCCCACAGGUCGCUCAGAGGACCGGCGUCCAAGUUCCUAGGAACUUUCUGGAAGCAGUUUCCCUUCAUCAAAACAUUUGGAUAUAAGAGGACAUCUCUCGGUCAGAUUGCAGGGGACCGUUGGAGAGACACCGUCACGUGACCCCCGGUACCAAAUGGUCUUCCGGCAGUGGUUUUCAGCAAGGACCGGAGCACUGCAAGCAGACGCCGCCACUUCUCUCAGAAAUGCAGAAGACAACGUACUACGACAACUCCUCGACGCUUUUUGGUGGCUACUCGUCCUAUCAGGUGCAGGGGGCGGCAGCGGCGGCAGCAGCCGCCAACGGCUUUGGGGGCUACGAUGCCCCGGUCCCAGUGUCCCACCACCAGCCGGCCUUCCAGUCGGCGACCCAUCUGGAUGUGGAUUCGUACCAACGCUCUGCCUGCUCGUUGCAGUCACUGGGCAGUAGCAGUAGCCAGCAGCAGCAGCAGCAGCAGCAGCAGCAGCAGCAGCAGCAGCAGCUAGCCAAGACCAAGGAGCUGAAUGGCAGCUGCAUGAGGCCCAGUCUGCCACCUGAGCACCACCCCAGCUCCCAAGUGUCCCCUCCAUUGCCCCCAAAUCCCAACACUGGUAAUACAGGGGCUCAGCAGCCGGGGGGCAGCAACGGGGCCUCCGCAGCCUCCAAAUCAGCCCCCAGUAAGUCGUCCAAUUCCUCCUCCUCAACAUCAUCGUCGUCCUCCUCACUGCCCCCCAACCCGACUAUGGCCAAGCAGAUCUUUCCCUGGAUGAAAGAGAGCCGGCAGGCGACCAAGCAGAAAAACGGUUCACCCAGCAACAACUCUGGCAACGCAUCAGGAGGCGCAGAGAGCGGUAGCAGUGGGGAGAAGAGUCCCACCAGCGGAUCGUCGGCGUCGUCCAAGCGGGCUCGUACGGCAUACACCAGCGCCCAGCUGGUUGAGCUGGAGAAGGAGUUCCACUUCAACCGCUACCUGUGCCGGCCGCGGCGCGUGGAGAUGGCCAACAUGCUGAACCUGUCUGAACGCCAGAUCAAGAUCUGGUUCCAGAAUCGACGCAUGAAGUACAAGAAGGACCAGAAGUCCAAGGGCCUGAGCUCCAGCUCUGGAGGGCCCUCGCCGACGGGCUCCCCACCCCUCACCAUGCAGUCUUCCGCAAGCUUCCUCAACUCAAUGCACCCCAUGGGAGGGGGAGGUGGGGCAGGCUAUGACACCCCAUCUCCACCGUCUUUUGGAAAGCCUCACCAGGGUGUUUCUUACUCCAUGUCCACUGCCUACUCUAAUGUCCCCAUGAAGGGCUGUCCCUCGCAGCAGAAGUAUGGAGCCCCAGACCCGGACUACGGUGACCCUCAUCCCCACCACGGCCUUGUGCAGGCCAACAGUGCUGGCUAUGGGACUCCCACCAACAUGCAGGCCAGUCCAGUCUAUGUGGGGGGUGGCAGCUAUGUGGAACCCAUGCCUGGCUCGGGGCCCUCCAUUUAUGGGCUCAACCACCUGGGCCCCACGCCACCUCACCACCAAACAAUGGACUACAAUGGCGCAGGGCCUAUGUCGGCCGCCAACCAGCACCACGUGGGUGGAGUGGGGCCUCCGGGUACGUGUGACCCGCCCCCACAUCCCACGUACACUGAGCUGUCAGCGCACCACACCUCGACUCAGGGCAGAAUCCAGGAAGCACCCAAGCUCACUCACCUGUAGCAGGUUUGGAACAAACGUAGGGAAUAGUGAAGACAACACAGAACAAGUAACAUGAUGUGACUCACUAACAGACUAACUAACAUGUGGGGAUUGUAGCGCUGCAAUGGGACGACAGGGGAGACAAAUUGAGACAGACAUGAGCCGUCCAGUGGUUUGUCCUGUGCUCCUUGGGCACAAUCAGUGUUUUGGUGUUUGCAAGUCACGCCCUAUUUUUUACCGCCUUCAUACAGUGCUUCAUCAAGUCAGAGCUUCCAUUGUUGCCUUCAAAGUGCAUUUAAUUUGACUGAACAGACAUUUUGCCUGUAGGUUAGGAUCAGCAGUACAUAAAAUCCAUAAAUGUUGUGCCCACAAAGAAAUGAUGUAGGAACAAACAUUUAAACCAAUGGUGCGAAUAUUCAGAGAUUUAUUUUUUCUUAUUUGGACCAAAAUUUUAAACUCGACUAUUUUAAUCAUAACCCGUAACCCGUAUUUUAUCAUACGGGUAACAAGUAUUUCAUCUGUUUUACUCCCCAUCAAAUAACAGGCUGAUUUCAAUCUAAUUAAAGUUUAAGGGGAAAUCCUCAGUGAUUACUUUUAGUCGUAAUUUAUUUUUCAAUUUUAACACAAUCCCUUUAUGUGCAACAAUAGAGGUCCUUCUGUGUUACUGGGGCACAGACUUAUCACUCUCUGUACGACAUGGAAAUUUCAAUUGUGAUAUUUUCAUAAAAU